UGCAGGGAGCUGGGCUGCAGCGGGGUCUGGGGGCGUGCUGGAGUUCGAGGGUGUGAGGGGGGUGCGGAACCCGAGGGGCCGGCGCCGCCCGCCGGGAGCGCUGUGGACCCUGGCACGUUGGCGGCCGCCAGCUCGCUCGCCGCCCGCGCCCGGGCGCUGUUUACUAGCGAGGCCUGGACGUGACUCUGCAGCCCUCUUGGAGUAGGCGGACCUCCGCGCGCCGCCAGGCGGGAGCUGUAGUUCUGGGCUCCGCGUCCCUACGGCAUUGUGGGAGUUGUAGGCGCGCCAGGGCCACGCUUUCCCCGCACAAAGCUUGGACCCCGCGGGCGGGCUGUUGGAGGCAGGUCCGGUCGGGGGGCUCUCCGGAGAGGGGGCAGCAGAGUCCGCUUUUAGCCUCACCAAGCCGCUGCCUGCAGCACGUGGGUCCCCACUGCAAACUUUCCUGUCUCACGCCCCUCCCCCAGCCAUAAACCGAAAGCAUCUGGUUGCCCAGCCCGCUACCCAGUUGGGUGGGUGGUCCGAGGUCCGUCGCCCUCCUCAGGAGCCACCUUCUAAGUUUUGCCCGGGAUCCUCUGGAUCUCCCCUUCCCCGGAGAGUGAUGGGUUAGCGGACACUUGUUAAAAUUCACAUGCCCGCAAUUCCGAUCUCUAGAAGGGCCCGAACAUCUGCAGGUUGAACACAACCGGCAGGAUGGCGGCGCUGCAUGGGGGUGUUCUCUGCGUGUCCAACUUUGGGACCUGUGGCCCCCUUUCCUGCUCUAGUAGCGAAAUGGCUCCCCAGGGCUGGAGCCACGUGCUCUGCCGCCCCGGGGCGGGCAAGGCGGGGAUUGAGAGAGGAGGAGCUCAGGGCGGUGUGGCCCAGGCUGGUGGACACCAGGGCCCGUCAAAACCUGUCUGCGGGAAGGUUGCUGCACACCGCCGCCCCCGUCCCAGGGCUCCCACCUUAACUACGCUCAGCAGAGGGGCUCUGAGUGUUGGCCCUUCUCCAAGGUCCAGCUGGAGAGCUUAGCUGUAAUAAGGGAAAAGAAGAAAAAAUUCGGGAGCUAUUAAUAUGCUGUAGAGACUCCUUUGGGGAGAUUUUUCUGAGUCCUUAGCAUCUUCCCCCGAGUGAAGUGGCUUUAUGGCUUCCUGUGCGGGAUGAGGACACAGGUCUGGAAAGGAAGAGAUAAGGCAGGUGCUGGGGCUGGAACUUGAACCUUGGUCCCAGAGCUGCUGGUUGCUCAGAGGAGGGUUGGCCAAUGAGGAGAUGGGUUGAGCUGCCUCAAAUGCUGCAGAGGACAUGCGGAGACUGAUCCCAGGCAGGCUUGGCACCAGAGGACCAUAGGCUGCCUGGUCUGGGCCUUGGCCGUGUCCUCCCUGGGCCCCCUAGAACUCUGGCUUGGCUCUGUUUCUGUUCCAUGCCCCCCUUGGAGGAGUCCAGCAGACCCAUAGGGGUCUCCAGAGUUGGGCCUGCCCAGCUGUGAGAUUGUUGUCAGCCCAUGCGUUGGGUGUGGGGCUGGGGCCUCUGGGUUUGUUCAUUUUCUGGGAGCUGCUGGGUGAGGUAGGAAGCUUGUCACGGAUCGGGUGUGAGUUGGGUGGGACCUUCUGGCCGGAUAUACUGGCUUCUCAGGCAGGUGGACUUUGCUCCAUCCCUCGGUGACCAGCAGGGCUCCAUGCCUCUGUCGCCCAGACCUGCCAGCGAGGACUGUACAGUACAGUGGGGGCCAUGCCCACAGGGGCGCCCGCACAAGCUGUGUGGUUUUGGACCUGUUGCUUAACUGCUCUUAGCCUCUGUAAAAUGGGGCUCCGGUGAAGUUUGACUGUGUGUAUGGAGAGUGCCUGGUAGCUGAUAAAAUAGCACCAAAUUCGCAGAAGCAGGAUCGUGGUGGUCUUACUGUCCAUGGCAGAGGGGCAGGGCAGGGUCAGGGAGAGACCAGCCCUCUUCAGAAGGCGGUAGAGAAUACUUAGAGGCUUUGGAGUGUGCUGGGUUUAUGAUCUGGUUUUUACAAGGUACUUUGUGCUGGGAUUGAGGACACCACAAGGAACUAAAACCUGCCCUCGUUCUAAGAGCCUGGAGUCGCUUUUUUUUUUUUUUUUUGGUUUGUUUUUUGGUCUCGUCUUUUUAGGGCCACACCUGGGGCAUAUGGAGGUUCCCAGGCUGGGGGUCUAAUUGGAGCUACAGCUGCUGGCCUACACCACAGCCAUAGCCACGCCAGAUCGGAGCCGUGUCUGGGACCUACACCACAGCUCACGGCAACACGGGAUCCUUAACCCACUGAGCGAGGCCAGGGAUCGAACCCGCAACCUCACGGUUCCUAGUCGGAUUCGUUUCUGCUGCGCCACGACAGGAACUCCCCUAAGAGCCUGGAGUCUCAUGGCGCUAAAAGGUCUUGUCAGUUCCCUUAGAUCCAUGGUGUCUCCUGGAAUCCGGGGUACAAACUGGAAAAACAAGGCAUCCCAUUAUCCUCAAUCCCUCUCCUUUUUUUCCCCCUCCUCUAUCUCUUUUAAACUUCACCUUGGCCCUAUGAAGUGAGGCAUAGUCCCCCAUUUUAUAGAUGAGGAAACUGAGGCUUCGAGUGAGGAAGUGGCCAAGCUUGGGGUUCCAUAGCUACUAAGUGGCAGGACUGGAGUUUCUCCUCGAACCAGUGCGUGGGCCCUUCUGAGGCUGGAGAAGCUGUGGGGAAGGGGAGUUUCUGAUGGGAAGAGCCUGGACCUGGCUUGUUUGGGGAUGGAGGGCAGGGUGUCAGGCUGGUCGGUGUGAGGGGCAUGGAUAGCAGUGGGGCGGGCGAGGGCCCUGGGCUGCUCCAGUACCUGCUGCAGAGAGCAGGGGGCCCUUGGGCAUCCUUGGUGAGGGGUUGUCGUCUUCCUCCCUCCUGUCCUCUUCUUGGGGUAUGGGAUAAGCCCUGUGUGGCCUUUCCCACCUCUGACUGUGUAGACGUUGAAGGGUGGGUGUGUGAGUGCCUUAGGGCCCUGCCGAAUGAGCCAUCUCAGUGGCUCACUUAAAGCUGGAGCCACGCAGGGGAGCCGUGGGAACGAGGGGAUACCCACUUGCCCUUGGGCUGGGCAGGAGGGACAGGUCCAGGUUGGGACCUUCACUCGAAGCGUGUGCUUCCUGCUCCUGGGCCUCUGCUUGGGGUGCUGGCUUUAUGCCAGCCUCUUGGGGGUACACGGGGAGUGGCAGCUCUGGUCUCGGCACCGGAGGCCCUUCUGCAAACUGUUCCUUGGCCAGAGGCUGCCCAGCCUCAGGAGAGCUGUCAGAAAGUGAGAGAAGUGACACAGUGUCCUCGGACCAGUCCUUACUGCUCACCUGCCGGGGUGCAGGGGGAGUGGAAGCUGAUGUGGAGGAUGCGGAGGAUCUGACGGUUACUGGAAAUCAUGCUUUCUUCUGCAAAACUGAGACGGAAAUCCUUGCCAACAUUCCAUUGACCCCUGAGACUCAGCGGGACCAGGAGCGGCGGAUUCGGCGGGAGAUCGCCAACAGCAACGAGCGGAGGCGCAUGCAGAGCAUCAACGCGGGCUUCCAGUCCCUCAAGACCCUCAUCCCCCACACAGAUGGAGAGAAGCUCAGCAAGGCAGCUAUUCUCCAGCAGACUGCGGAAUACAUCUUCUCCCUGGAGCAGGAGAAGACCCGGCUCCUGCAGCAGAACACACAGCUCAAGCGCUUUAUCCAGGAGCUGAGCGGCUCGUCCCCCAAGCGGCGGCGGGCAGAGGACAAGGAUGAGGGCAUUGGCUCCCCGGACAUCUGGGAGGACGAGAAGGCGGAGGAUCUGCGGCGGGAGAUGAUCGAGCUGCGGCAGCAGCUGGACAAGGAGCGCUCGGUGCGCAUGAUGCUGGAGGAGCAGGUGCGCUCGCUGGAGGCCCACAUGUACCCGGAAAAGCUCAAGGUGAUCGCGCAGCAGGUGCAGCUGCAGCAGCAGCAGGAGCAGGUGCGGCUGCUGCACCAGGAGAAGCUGGAGCGGGAACAGCAGCACCUGAGGACCCAGCUCCUACCCACGCCGGCCCCCACGCACCACCCCACGGUGAUCGUGCCGGCGCCCGCGCCCCCUCCCUCCCACCACAUCAACGUCGUCACCAUGGGCCCUUCCUCCGUCAUCAACUCUGUUUCCACGUCCCGGCAAAAUCUGGACACCAUCGUGCAGGCGAUCCAGCACAUCGAGGGCACCCAGGACAGGCAGGAGCAGGAGGAGGAGCAGCGGCGAGCGGUCAUUGUUAAGCCGGUGCGCAGCUGCCCGGAGGCGCACGCCUCCGACACCGCCUCCGACUCAGAGGCCUCGGACAGCGAUGCCAUGGACCAGGGCCGGGAGGAGCCCGCAGGGCACGGGGGGCUUCCCUGACCACCCCCCAGCCCUCCUCUCCCGUCUGGGGGCUGGAGGGGGCGGGGCAGCCACGGGAGAGCCGAGGGCCACUGAGAGGAAUUUUUACAAAAUUACGGCGUCAUUUGGGUCUCUUUUAUGACCUCCUCUUCAAUACUGUAAAUCGACCUUGGCGUGAAGCCACCGAACCCGAGGUCCGGGGCUGGGGUGGCAGGCGCGCGGGGGAGCACCGGGGCUCCUGGGGCUGGGCCUCGCCCCGGAGGCUGGGGAAGCGGCUGCGGAGGUGCCUGGCCUCUCUCCGCCACCAACGCAUUUUUUUCACUGAAACAUGUUUUUAAGAACAGGGAAAAAUCAAACAAAACCCCAAGGUAUGUCUGCCCCCCGCAGAAGCAGCCCUGCGACUGUCGGUUUUUCACUCCCCCUCCCUCUCUUUUUGGUGUCUUUUCCGCUUUAAGCACUUACAUGGGUUGGGGGUCAGGCCGGGUUGGGGGUCCGGGGGUCUCUGUUGCUUCUCGGUUGGGGUUUGCUGCUGCCCUUCGCCCCUCUCCUCCCCGACUUGUCUCAGCACUAGGAAUCGCCACUCGCCACCGCCACGGCCCCCACCUCUCUCUCCAGGUUUCCUAUCUUCCACCCUAAAAAUGUCUUUAUCUCUCUCUUUUUGUUUUGUUUGUCAUUGGUUCUUUUUUUUUGGUUUUGGUUUUGUUUUUGGUUUUGUGUUUUUUUUUUUUUUUUUUUUUUUUUUUACAAUUUUGAGGUCUUUGUGUUCAAGGAGAAGCUAUUAUAUUUUGUUAAGAAAGUGGGGGGAAAAAACCCAAGAGGCCACCGUGCCUUUAUAAAGAAACAAAAUAAAGUUUGUACUUUGUUUUUUA